AUGGCGAACACUGCUUCGUCUUCUUUCAACACUGAAGCCACUUCCGGUGUUCUUCCUCACGCUCAAUCUGUUUCUCCCUCCCUCAAAUUUGUGAUAUCAAAUCUCAAAUUUCUUGUUCCAAAUCCACUUACGCCGGAUAACUACCCUAUAUGGAGCAACCAGAUCAUCAAGAUUCUUAAGGCUAACGGCUUCGCUCUCUUUCUCGAUCCGAAGCCAACGACCGUCACGGCUACUGCUACACCGGCAAAUGACAACACCGAUUCAACUCAAGAAUCGCACCAAUGGUCAGUCAUUGACCAAAAAUUGGCUGCCGCCCUGUGCUCGACGAUCUCGCCGGCGGUUCUCCCCUACGUCAUUCAACUAAACUCGACGCACGAAAUCUGGAGCACCUUGCAAACUCGUUUUCAGUCUUCUAACAGGUCUAAAGUCAUUCAGCUCAAGAAUGAGCUUCACAAUGUCUCCAUGAAGAACCUCUGA